AUGGGGAUUCCGCGCUUCUUUCGUUGGCUCUCACUGCGCUAUCCGGUCAUCAACCAGUCGCUUGAAGGUGAUCGUGAGUUCGACAACUUCUACCUCGACAUGAACGGUAUCAUCCACACCUGCACCCAUAACAACGACGGCGAUAUCAUCUUUCUCGAUGAAGUGGAGAUGUUUGCCCGCAUUUUUGCCUACACCGAUCGUCUUUACCGCAUUGUGAAACCACGAAAGUUCCUCUUUCUGGCUGUGGAUGGUGUAGCACCACGCGCAAAGAUGAACCAGCAACGUUCUCGACGCUUCCGCUCGGCCAAAGAGGCGGAACGAGUGCUCGCAGAAGCCAUUGCCCGUGGCGAUCUCGAGGACGGAUUCAUUGAAGAACGCUUCGAUUCGAACUGCAUCACGCCUGGUACUGCGUUCAUGGACCGGUUGUCGCAGGCCUUUCGCGAAUGGAUCGACUACAAAAUGCGAAACGAUCGGGCGUGGCAGACCGGAUGCAAAGUGGUUUUCAGUGGACCCGAGGUGCCCGGCGAAGGCGAGCACAAGAUCAUGGAAAUGAUCCGGGAGAUUAAGCGGCAACACCGCCACCGCGGGGAUAUGCCCAUCCGGCACUGCAUGUAUGGACUCGAUGCGGAUCUGAUUAUGUUGGGACUCGUGACCCACGAGCCGUACUUUGCGCUGCUUCGAGAGAAACUCGUGUACCGCGGACGCAUCGGUGAGCGACUCGGAGCAGCAGCACGCUCGCCGCCAAUAACGUCGCUGAGCAACCCGGCUGCGGCGAGCGAGUCCGGCGACAACUCGCCUCUGGCGCGGGCGCUUGCCGCCCGACGCAUGGGACUUGUCGAUGCACCCGCCAAUCUGGACGACUUUGAGGAGUUUCACCUGCUGGAGAUUAAUCUCCUGCGCGACGAACUGUAUAAGGAGUUCGCUGAAUUGGCCAGUCGCCAGCGAAGCGAUGCCCCGCCAUUCCACGUUGAUUUGGAGCGCAUCGUCGAUGACUUUAUGUUCAUGGGCGUACUCGUGGGCAACGACUUUCUGCCACACCUUCCCCAUCUGGAUAUCUCUGACGGUGCGCUGGAACUCCUCUUCGGCGCGUAUAAGGAGCUGCUGCCCAUCAUGGGUGGCUACCUCACCGACAAGCACCGAAUCCAUCCAGACCGACUGGAGGCAUUCGCAGCUCGUCUUGCGGAAGAGGAACGCGCGUAUUUCAAUCGCAGAGGCGUCGACGAGAACAUCCAGGAGUACUGUGACCCCGAGCGCUACCGCGUCGCCUAUUAUCGGGACAAAUUCCGUUUGAACCUCGAUGCACCAGACGGGAACGAGCGACUACGCGGACAGGUGAUUCAGAGCUAUCUCGAAGGUCUGCAUUGGGUGCUCCAGUACUACCACCACGGAUGCCCGUCGUGGACCUGGUAUUAUCCGUACUAUUUCGCACCAUUGUGUUCGGAUCUCCGCGACCUCGGCUCGUACAAGGUUCGUUUUCUCAAGGGGAAACCUUUCACGCCGCUGACCCAGCUGCUGGGCGUUUUGCCCCCUGAAAGCAGCGGCGAGCUACCACCUCCGUAUCGACAGCUCAUGCUCGAUCUAGAGAGCCCGGUGCGUGAUUUUUAUCCCGCAGAGUUCCGUACAGAUCUGAAUGGCAAGCGGUUUGAUUGGGAGGCAGUUGUUCUGCUGCCUUUUAUUGAAGAGCGACGGUUGCUGGAGGCGGUGGGCUCCAUUGAUCCGCAUCGGGAGCUCACCAGCGAGGAACGCCGACGCGACCUCUUCGGCCAGAACGACGUCUUCGAUCCCGAUACGGGCAACUAUUUCCAGGAGAGAGUCCCCAGCGGGGAGAUUGCCUGGUCGAAUACGCCAUCUGCAGCGGAGCAGCGCCGAGGAUUUGCUCGCACCAUCGCUGAACUGGAGGCCCGAGCGAAACCCGACCGAAGCAAACCCGUUACUACUCCGCAGACGGAUGCGAAUGACGCUACGCGCACUGCUGUACAGAAACGCACAACGCAGGUUUCAACCACAACGAGCAGCAGCGGUACAAAGCGGACCGUGCGUAUGACAACCGAAACUACCGUGGUACGCAGAGCGGAACGCACAUCCCGUCCACCCGCGUCGAGCACAGCUGCAAACAAGGGCAGAGAGCGCGCGCAGGCGCCUGCUGCUUCGCAGUCGACCAAGCCGCGGUCGACGCGGAACGACUCGACCCGCGUUUCGCAGGCGAGCGGCAGCCACAACGGACCUGCAUCCGCUGCACCGAAACCCGCUGACGGAAGCACGAACGCAGACGGGCACACAGGCGCCGCUCGCUCGAGUCCAAGUCAAGCGAGCAAGCCGCAGCGCCAGUCCAUGGACGAAGGACACGGGCGCGAGCGGCCUUCGAACGCCUCGGCGUCGACGACAGGCAACGACUCUAGCUCGUCGCGUACCAACAACUGGGUGCAACGACAGCAACGACAGCAACGACAGCCACUACCGCCACAGCCGCCGUCUGCUGACGCUCAAUGA